AUGCUACGUCGUGCUGCCCUGCUGGCACGUCUGCAUGCUCCACGAAGAGCUGCUGUGACCACACCAUACCUUCCGCCCUGCCGCUGCAUCACCACCCCCGCUUCCUCUCCCUCAUCGCCAACAACCCACAUCUCGCCGCAAGCGCUCCUGGGACACUAUGCGUCCAGUCCGACACGAACAGUCACCUUCGACGACCUGCAGCAGUACGGUAGGCCACCGCUGGACGAGCAGACGCUGCUGCAGAGCGCGGAACGGACGAGGCAGGAGUUGCUAGCGGGAUUGGCGCGGCGAGUAUCGCAACACCUCUCCCUACCCUUCCUCCCAGCGACCAACCCAUCCCUCGCGAAAGUUCACAACCUGUACUCGUCCGCCUUUACGAACCUCACGCUCGUACCGGAAGUCAAGACGCUGGCGGACAACGAUAGGCUGUGCAAGGUCGUUGCACAGAUGGUCGAGGAGCACCGGGACAACAUUCCGCUGCUGGCGAAAGGCUUCAAGGAGUCGCGGAAAUACCUGCCCGACGCUACCAUCACCGACUUUCUCGACCGCGCCAUCCGAAAUCGGAUAUCGCUGCGACUGAUCGCCGAACAACAUCUUUCUCUCUCCGCCGCCUCGCUUCCCUUCCUCCGCCCGCAUGCACCGACUAUCCACCCGCCUCCUUCCGACAACGACGCCGCACGAGAUCCGCGCAUCGAGCCUUCUGCGCGACCACCCUCUUCCUCCCUCUCUGCCAGCCGAGUAGGCGUCCUCGAUCUCGCUUUGAACCCUCACGACCUCAUCUCGACCUGCUGCGAAUACGUCUCGCUCCUCUGCGAAGCGACUUACGGCGUCUCGCCCAACUUCCGCAUCGAAGCCGACCCAGCGAUGACAGUCGGCUCAGUAGGCUCGCACCUCGAGUACAUCUGCACCGAGUUGCUCAAGAACGCGUUUCGAGCGACGAUCGAGCACAAUGUACCGAAGAAGGAGGAGGACGACCCCGAUGUGUUCAAGUUUGACGACUUGCCGCAUGCGCAUAUGAUGAAGGACGAUUUUCCAGAGGUGCUCAUCACUAUCGGGACGGUGCCCGGCGCGAUGACGAUCCGGAUCAGGGAUCGCGGAGGAGGAGUUCCCCCCGAGAACAUCCGCAACGUCUUCUCCUACGCCUUCACCUCCGUCCCGAACCUCCCAGACCCCGACUCGGAUCCCGACUCGCCCGCGACGUACGGCGGCGUCAGUAACGCGGGCUACCUAGGUGGCGUUGGUGGAGGACCGGAGGGUGCCGAGUCGGCUUUGACGACGAAUGUUGGAACGCUGGCGGGACUUGGGUUCGGGCUGCCUCUUUCGCGGAUAUACGCUGGUUACUUUGGAGGCUCGCUCGACCUCGUCUCGAUGUACGGCUGGGGAACGGACGUGUACUGCGUGAUCAAGACGGUCUGA